AUGGUCGCUGCUGGAAGACCGCCGCUUUGCAAGUCCAAGCGACGCGAGCCAGCUGCAGCAGCUGCGGAAAUGAGGGAGGAGCGACUGGCUCGAGACCUCGCAAUACUUGAACUCAGCAGGAGAGUCAUGAGCGCCCGCACGAGGACUGCGCAGAGCGUUCCGUCCUCCGCGGGGCGGGAAGCCGAGGAAGCUGCAGCAAAUAAGGAAGCCCUCGAGUGGAGCCGGCCGGCCCACCAGCCUCUGGAGGAGGACGGAUACAGCAGCAGCAACACAAUUUCCCCCGAGGACUUCGCGGCGGCGUACGAGCGGCGCAGGGCGCGGCGCGCCUCGCAGCAGCAGCAGGGCGAAGGCCGGCAGCAGCAGCAGCCCUCGUUUUCGUCCGCAGACACUGCAGCAAUGCUUUCUUCAGCAGUGGAUCUCUCGGGUCUGCGGGACGGGCUGCAGACCACUUCCUCCAGCAGCAGCAGCCGCAGCGAAGCCUCGAAACCCGCCUCUUCAACACUUUCCCUGGGCCCAAGCAGCAGGCCCAGUUCUGCGCAGGCGCUCUCUUUCGCAGCCCGCGGCGGCGCGCAGCCCGCGGGGGGCAGGCCGGAGGCGGCGGCGGCCGCAGCCGAGGCGGCUUCAAGAGGCGCGGGGGAGCAGCAGCAGCAGCAGCGCCGCUGUGGGGGCGGCCAGGAUUUUUCGGAACUUCAAAGUUUGCUGGCGGAGUUCGCCGCGACAGAACGCCCCGAGUUCACAGCAGCGAACGGAGGCAUGUUCAGCGGCGCUGCUGCUGCCAGCAGCAAAGAGGCCAGCCACCCGUCGGGCGGCGGCGCAGGUGAAUUCGAAGCUGCAGCGAGCAAGACGGAGCUGCAGGGAGAGGACACAGUGAGCACUUCUUUGUUUUCCCGACUUAUUCAAGAAUGUCAGUUGAGCGGCUGCGUCGAUUUCGACUUGAACAGCGCGGAUCAGGCGGCCGCCGCGAGAGGCACGGGGGAACUGGCCGGGCGGCUGCCCGCUUUGUCUGCGGAGCUCGUUGCGCUGCUGCAGCACCACCAGCAGCUGAGCGGUUUGGGGGAGAAGCAGGAGAACGGGAAGCGGCUGCUGACGAGCGCGAACAGCACUGCGUGCAACAGCAACAUCAACAGCCGCCGGACCAGCAACUGCAGCCCGGGAGCUGAGGACGACGGGAGCGAGGAAACCCGCGCCUACAAACGGCGCAUAAUAGAAAUGCAUUUGUUGGACCAGCGCCGCAGCAGCUUUGCCAGCGUGAGCAGCAGCAGCGGCAGCAGCGAGCUGCGGCUCCUCGCGGCGUCGCUGGCGGGCGGAGGCCGCGACGGCGAAGGCGAUCCUGCGGAAGGCGGCGCCGCAGCUUCUGCUGCUGCUGCAGCUGCUGCAGCAGCAGCAGGAACCCUCGCGGAGCGGAAGCCGAAGCAGCAAACGUGCCCGGAGUCGGGGGGAGCAGCAGCGGCGGAGUCGCCGUCGAACCCGUCUUCGCCUUCCUACCUCGCGGAGCUGCAGCUGAUCGAGCGGGUAGCUGGCGGCGAUCCCUUCGUAAACGAAGAGGCCCUAGGGCCUUCUGCAUUUCGAGGGCCCCUCGGGUACUACAGCGUGUGCGAAGCGGCGGGAAAGGAGGAGGCGAGCAGCCAGCGGCUGUAUCCAAUUGUGCGCGGGGUGUCUCGGGACAACACGAAGAAGCGGUGGGCAGUUUACUGGAAGGGAUACCGGCGUUACUUUUACGACAAGUUUUUCGAAAGUUGCGUCGAAGCCUACAAAAGAGCCGUGCACUUCCGGCAGCAGGCCACCACUGCUGCUGCUGCAGUGACAGCCACCGGAAACCCGGCGCACCUGAUCGCCGCGGGGCUCCACGGCUCGCCCGGCAGCAGCAGCAGCAGCGCGAAGCACCAGCUGAAGGCGGACCACUCGGAGUGCGUUGCUGCAGUGCUGGCCUCCGCAGCAGCAGCGGUGGCGAACCAGGCGAGCGGGGAAAGCCGCAAAGGGAAAGCAUCAACGCCCUGCGCGGGCCAGAACUCCAGCCGAGACGACCGAACGGUGGUUUGCCUGUACAAGGAAGCCAUUUUGUUUAUUUUGGAGGACCUGCGGAACAACGUGCUGGCGCAGUACCUGACGGCGAAGGCCGCGGCGAGCUCCGCAGCUGCAGCAGCAGCAGCAGCAGCGGCGCCGAGCUCCGCAGUCGAACUCGCAGCAGCCACCACGGCGAAACGGCUCAUGGACCAGACGCUGCUGAUGCACACCAACCUCGUGGGCAACGCGACCUCCACUGCGGAGCUGCAGCCCUCGCUGAUGAUCGUGGCUCCGUGUCUGGAGGAGUUGAAGCUUCCCAGCCAGCUGGCCGCGCAGCAGCAGCUGGCGCUCAUACAGUCGAUCCUUGCAAUGCACAUUCAGCAGCUCGUGCUGCUCUCGCGCUACCUCAACAAGGGGGACGCGCCGCCACUCGCGAGCGACGCCGGGAGCCCCGCCGGGCAGCCCAAACUCGCCAGCCUCAAGUCCGAAGCCGAACAAGGGGGCCCCCCCGCGGCUGCUGCUGCUCCGCAGCACCCGCGGCAGCAGCAGCCGCCCGCUGCUGCGGGAGGCGCCCUCGACGUCCCCGCGUAG